AUGCUUCCAGAGUCUCUGAUCUCCGUUGCCAACAAGGCGGAGCUGACAUCAUCGUUCCAGGCUGCCUGGAAGUACGUGAUGACCAGGGACCACCAGGUGAAGCUUUUCGAGGUCGAGGAUUUCAAUGCCUGGACGACCUUCGCUGCGGUCUUCGUCUGCCUGAUAAUGCUCGACAACUUCUACCUCAACCGCAGCGCCGAGGAGUUGACAAUUGGGCGCGCACUGCGCUACACCCUCUUCUGGAUCUCCACGGCCUUUGCUUUCUGUGGCUGGAUUUGGUACACCUAUGGACGCUCCAGUGCUUUUAUGUGGAUGAGUGGAUACAUGUUGGAGUGGCUUCUGUCCUUCGACAAUCUUUUCGUAUUCCACCUCAUCUUCAAUCUCUAUGGCACACCUGACCAUUUGAAGCAUCGCCCGCUCUACAUUGGGAUUUGCGGUGCCGUGGCGUUCCGCCUCAUGUUCAUCUUUGUGGGCGAGUACAUGAUGCAUGCGAUGGUCUUCAUGCAUUUUGUGUUCGGGGCCUUUCUUGUUUACACCGGCGUCAAGACGCUAGCCGCCGACGAGGAGGAUGAGGAUCCUUCCCAGAACCCGAUGGUCAAGUGGCUGCAGGAGAAGGUGCCGUUCGUCAACGUCUACGACGACAACGGGGCGUUCUUCGUGAAAGUGCCUGUGGAUGCAAACGGAUGCCCGGCCCCAGAUGACAAGAACCAGUGGGUUGCCCCCAGGGACGCCGAGUGCGCGAAGAUCUCCGAAGGCAACAGCGAGGCUGUCUAUGGCACGGUGGACUUCUCCAAUUAUAGGGCCACCGUGGCAGAGAACCCGACGAGACUCCUUCGCCGUCGCGAAGCUUCUGACGGCUUUGAUGCCAUGAGCCAUGGCCGGGCCGCCUGUGUAUCGGCCUGGUGGCACUGCUUGUGCCGCGCUGGUCGGGGCACAGAAUCCGUUUGA